AUAAGAGAGCCUCGCUAUGAGGGAUAGGUUGCUCAUUCCAAAAACCAACCGACCCUACACAACAUGGCCAGCGAGUGCCACAGAACUCAGCACCAGUCUCAAGCACUACCGUGAUACCCCUCUGACGGCCGUGCGGUAUUACGGCGCCCGCUGGGUUUCACAGUUAGAGCCAAGAAGAAACCAUCGCCAUCCGCCUGCAAGGAGUACACCGCCAUCCGCUUGCAAGGAGUACACCGCAUCGCGCAACUCCCUCUAGGAACAGGAGCUACCCAGGAUACUGCCAGUAUCCGGAGCUGCCAUGCUUCGUGCCCUCGCCUUUACGCCCAGCGGACACCGCCCCACCGUUGACAAGGAGGUCGCAGAAGGCAGACCAAGCCCUACCUGCUACCCAAUGCUUCCUCCAGCGCAGGGCGGGCGCUCCAAGUGCAAAUGCCGACGAUGACGCCCUCCUCCUAUUCCGCCGCCGCACGAUCCCGCAGCACCCCGUUGUCCACGUGUAUCGACCGCGUCUUCUCCCGCUGCAGCUCCAGCGCAUCACUCCCGGGACCUUCGAGCGAUUCCUACGAGCACGGCGCACCCUCUAGCCAGGGCGCGCCGCGGCGCAGGUGACCGCUUUGGGCCUGAGUCUGUGCGGCCUGGAGUGACGCGAUGGGGGGUCUUGGAGAUGCUGGAGAUGCGUCGUGCGAGGUGAACGUGAACGUGUGGAGGGGGUUGGAACGGUCUCUGAGACGCCGC